UGUUAAUCUCACAGUAAGCAACGCCUCAGCCUUUUGUGUCGCCUGCAGCCCUCAUCGCCUCUCUGAAUCACUUCUGAAUCGCCCUCGGCUGAGCCACUGGAGGAUCUCAGCAUCAUGGCUGCUACCGGAACAUUUCGUAUGGUGUCUGAGGAGGAGCAAGCAUUACGUGCUAAGCUCGAGCAUCUGACUGUUAAGGACCACGGCCCGGUGUACGGACCCUGUAAGAAAGUGCCAGAUCACACAAAACAGAAGGCUAAAGAUGAACUGAAUGAAACAGAGGAGAGGAAAGUGUCUUCUAUAAAGGAAUUGAGGGCCAUGAUGAAAGAAAAGGCAAGCGAAGGGGACGAUCUUGCCAAAGCUGUGCAAGAAAAAUUUGGGGACAGACCGGAUUCCCUUCUGCUGAGAUUCAUACGCGCUCGCAAGUUUGACGUGACAAGAGCACAUGAGCUUAUGAAAGGUUAUGUACGUUUUAGACGAGACUAUCCGGAGUUGUUUGAGAAUUUAACCCCGGAGGCCGUGCGUAGUACCAUUGAAGCCGGUUACCCACGAAUCCUCUCCACCAGGGACAAGUACGGCCGAGUGGUGCUGCUCUUCAACAUUGAGAACUGGGAUCUAGAGGAGAUCACUUUUGAUGAAACUCUGCGUGCCUACUGCAUAAUCCUCGAGAAACUUUUAGAAAACGAAGAGACCCAAAUCAACGGCUUUGUCCUCAUCGAGAACUUCAAGGGCUUCACGAUGCAGCAUGCGUCUGGCAUCAAACACACCGAGCUGAAGAAGAUGGUGGACAUGUUACAGGACUCUUUCCCGGCCCGAUUCAAGGCGGUGCACGUGAUCCACCAGCCCUGGUACUUCACAACCACCUAUAACGUGGUGAAGCCCUUCAUGAAGAGCAAACUGCUGGAGAGGGUUUUUGUUCACGGUGACGAGCUGGGUGGCUACUUCAGGGACUUUGGUGCUGAAAUCCUUCCCCCGGAUUUUGACGGGACGGGUCCCAGCUGUGACGGCAAGGAGACUGCGAUCAAGCUGUUUGGCUCUGAAGAUACAGCCCUUUAAAUGACCCAAGCCAAUACUACAACACUGGGACAGACACCAUUUUUUUUUUAAAUAUAUAAUUAAAAUGUUUUAUAGACACCACACUCUAAGAAGAAAAGGUUCUAUAUAGGAUUCUGUCAGGCACUUCAUCUAUAGAAACUUUUUAUGGAAUUAAUUUUGUUUUAAUUCAUUUUUUAUUUUAAUUACAUUUUAUGAAUUAAGCAGCUCGUGAAACAUACUUUAUCACUAGAAACAUUAGAAAUAACCUGAAAGUAAUAUGUAAUAAUUUAAGACAUUUCUCCUUGUUUAGAACCUUUUUGCCAUGAAAGGUUCAUUAAAAUUGAGUCAAGAACUCUAGGGUUCUAUAUAGAACCCUUAAUGAACCGUUUUUUCUAAGAGUGUAUGUAGGAAAUUAUUACAAUUGUAUAGUUUAACACUUUUAACCACUGUAUUACAAAAAACGUAUAAGAAGCUGCUCCUGUUAAAGGGAUAGUUCCCCCAAAAAUGAAUCAUCAUUUAUUCACCCUCAAGUUAAUCCAAACCUGUAUGAAUUUCUUUCUUCUGCUGAACAAAAAAGAAGAUAUUUUGAAGAAUGCUUGUAACCAAACAGUUGUAGGCCACCAUUGACUUCCAUGGUAUUUUAUUUUUUUUUUCAAUACUAUUUAAGUCUAUGGGGUCCAUCAACUGUUUGGUUAUCAAUAUUCUUCAAAAUAUCUUCUGUGAUCAGCAGAAGAAAGAAAUUCAUACAGGUUUGGAACAACUUGAGGGUGUGUAAAUGAUGACAGAAUUUUCAUUUUUUGGGUGAACUAUCCCUUUAACAGAUGUACAGUACUGUAGGGAUGAAAUAUUAUACAUCUCACUGGCCAAUACCUGAAAUGUUCGACUUAUUUGACAUUUGUUUUAAACAUAAAGAAACUUCGCUGAAGUGUCUUUUAUUCUUUGACUUGAAAACGGUGGCCUGAAGUUAAUCAAAAGAAAGUUUUGUACUGGUUGUGUGUUAAAAAUAAGUGUUACAAUUAGAGAAUCAAAUACAUGAUUACAAGCCUUGACCUUACGGUUGUUACUUUGUUGUUUUAGAAUGAAUGGCUUGUAUCAAGUAGAUGUAAUGUUGUGGCUGUCGUUUUUAAAUCAUGUUGGUUCUUUUAGAUCCAGAUCUUUAGCUUGUGUCAAGUGUAAUUGACAUUUUCAAAAAUAAAUAAAUAAAAAUUUUCAAUAAAAUGGGCAAAAAUAUUAAUUUUUUACAUUUGGUGUCCGAAUAAAGGGCCCUUACAAAACAAAUACACAUCUGUAAACUACUAGUGUAAUGCUAAUAAUAAAAAUAAUAUUAUUUUUGGAAAUAAAUUAACACUUUUAUUCAGCAAGGAUGCAUUAAAUUGAUGUCACAAAAGUGUCACAUUUAUAAUGUUAUAAAAUCCUGAACUGUAUUAUGGUUUAAAUAUUAAGCAGCCCAACUGUUUUCAACAAUGAUAAUAAUCAGAAAUGUUUUUUGAGAAGCAAAUCAUCAUAUUAGAAUGAUUUCUGAAGGAUCAUGUGACACUGAAGACUGGAGUAAUGACGCUGAAAAUUCAGAUAUAUAUUCAAACAGAAAACAGUAAUUUAAAAUUGAAAUAAUAAAUUAAAAUAUAGCUGCAAGCAGCGAUGACGGGGCCAAGCCCCGGUGCCACCAAUACCCCAGUGGCUUAAGGAAACCUGUGCAUGGAGGGCAACAUACAAACUUAAUUUGAAUCAAACAAUGAUUUUACACAAUAUAAGACACUUCCUGUUUCCCUUUUUUGUCAUUACUUUAAUCCCUUGCCAUGGAAACACUGUUCGAGACAUCCUAUAAUCUUUCGCAAUUUAGCAUUUUCAGUGUCUUUGUUUCAUGUUGACCGAGUUUGGUGGCGAUUGCAUAAAGCCCCUACGAUGAGUACUUAAAAACACAGAAACUCUGUUUUUUAAACAAGAAAAUAAUUUAUUUCUGGAACACAAUAACCAUUCUUGUAAUAAUAAAUUAUUCAAUCACACACCAUUGUUUUUUCAAAUCAAAACCACACCAGUGAUUGAGAUAUUAUGCUGCAUGGGGUUUUGAAGUCGUGAAAAAUGACACGUUCAAAAAUCAGCCAUCAAACACAAACUGUAAUGAGAAUGUGGGUCAAAAUAGUAGGAAAAUUUAGUGAUCUUCAGUGAAAUAAUCCCUUACAAGUGAGAUUACAGUGGGCAGUGUCAAUCUGAAAGCUUUAAUACUCUACUCUAUAUUCUGCAAAUAGCAAAUAGUUUUUUUUUUAUUAUAUAUAUAUGGCCUUUCACUUUCCUUUUAUAAUUCCCAUUUGUGACUGCAGCAUGAAUACAUUUUCUCUAAACUCCAUUUGACACAAUAAGCUAAUUAUCUCGGUUUGGCGUGGAGAAAAAGAGAAAAUAAUUCAGAGCGUUAUUGCUGAUCGUCAAACAAAUUAAUGUUUCCUGGUUUCCAUAAACAAAUCACUAUAUUUCAACUAAAAACAUUUAUAUUUUUACCUGCCAAUGCAAGUUUGUUGGUAGUUUUCAUAAGCAGACGUGGUGAUAUGACACAAACAUUAACAUUAACAAUCAUACUUUUGUACAUAAAAAUAACAAUAUUGAAAUUAAUGUAAAA